AUGGCUUUAAAUCGUUUGCGAUAUAGUGAUAAAAUUGUUUGGAACACAUUCCCAGCUCUUCUGCAACAGUUGCGUAGCCAAUCGACAACAUCUGCCGCCUUAGAAUGGGAACAGGCGAAACCAUUGAGUGAAAUGCCCACAAUUAGCCCCUUGAAACUUUUGCGUCAUUUUUUGCCGGGUGGUAAAUAUGCCAACAAAGAUUCCACCCAAUUGAUGACAGCCUUUAGCAACGAUUUUGGUCCUAUUGUAUUCUUUCACGGUAGUCUGGGAAAACCCGAUGCUGUUAUGACUAGCAAUCCUCACGAUUUUGAAAAAGUCCUGCACAAUCAAGGCACCUGGCCAAUGCGACCGGGCAUGGACUAUUUGAGCUAUCAUCGUCAGGUGCAUCGCAAAGAUAUCUUUCAAGGCGUGGAGGGUCUUUUGGGAUCGCAAGGUGAAGCUUGGGGCUCUUUCAGAUCAGCUGUAAAUCCCGUGUUAAUGCAACCCAAGAAUGUACAAUUGUAUUUCAAUAAAAUGUCACAGGUCAAUAAGGAGUUUAUGGAAAGAAUUCGUAAAAUUCGUGAUCCCGAAACGCUGGAAGUACCCGAUAAUUUUGAAGAAGAAAUUAAUCGUUGGACUUUGGAAUCGGUAUCAGUGGUAGCAUUGGAUAAACAAUUGGGCUUAAUUACGAAAAAUCGUGAUGAUCCAACUCCGAAACGAUUAUUUAAAGCCCUAACAGAUUUCUUUCAAGCAUCGGGGGAUUUAGAAUUUCAGCCAUCCAUAUGGAAAUACAUAAAAACACCAACAUUUAAAAAGGCCAUCAGAAGUUUAGAUGAAAUUACCGAUAUUACAAAAAUGUAUGUUGAUGAGGCCUUCGAAAGGAUUGCCGAGGAGAAUAAAAAUCGCAAAGAGGAAAAACCUGAAAGUGAGAAAAGUGUUUUGGAAAAGCUCAUCAAAAUUGACAAACAAAUUGCCAUGGUCAUGGCCAUGGAUAUGUUAAUGGCUGGUGUGGAUACGACUUCAUCCACCUUUACCGGUCUCUUAUUGUGCUUGGCCAAAAAUCCCGAAAAGCAAGCAAAACUACGCGAAGAAGUCAUGAAAUUACUGCCCGAAAAAGAUUCCGAAUUCAAUGAAGCCGUUUUCAAAAAUAUGCCCUAUUUGCGUGCCUGCAUCAAGGAAUCUUUGCGUGUCUAUCCCUUAACGGUGGGCAAUGCCCGUGCCUUGGGUAAUGAUGCGGUAAUAAGUGGUUAUCGUGUACCCAAGGGCACAUUGGUCUCCAUGAAUUCGGUAAUUCUCAUUAAAGACGAUCAACAUUAUCCUCGUGCUGGGGAAUAUUUACCAGAAAGGUGGUUGCGGGAAUCAAAGGAUAAUAGUGAAAAAUCUACCGAAUGUCCUCAUGCCUUGAAGGCCAGUACUCCUUUCAAUUAUUUACCAUUUGGUUUUGGUUCACGCAGCUGUAUUGGUCGUCGUAUUGCCGAAAUGGAAAUGGAAUUGGGUAUUGCUCGAUUGAUACGCAACUUCCAUGUGGAAUUUAAUAAUUCGACGGAGAAUGCCUUUAAGAGUUAUUUGAUAAAUGUUCCCAAUAUUCCAUUGAAAUUUAAAUUUACCGAUGUUAGUAAUUGA